GCAUAAUUCGUAUCCAAACUCUCUGAUCGUAAAAUUAAAAUUAGAGUUCAAAGCAGCUGAAAAGCAGAUAUGAUCUUUUGAAAAUGUUUCUCUAGAAUUCACCUUAGCAUCAUUGACAAUUCGUCCUAAGAGCUAGGAAAAAACUAGAAACACCCCAAGGGUAUCUCGAACUACCUCUCUAGUACAAAGGAUAAGGAGGCCCACUUAAUGGGGUCCUAAAGUUUUAAACGGUUUCCUGAUUUUUAUAUAUCAGCUGGAAGAGUGCAAUUUUCUGAGCAAAACGUGGUUUUUAAAAAAUGUUUAUCAUUUUCCUUUGAUUUUUAAAUGAAGGAUAAAAAUCUGCUCGAAAUGCCUCAGAGCAAGCCAACCAGUGGCUAAAUUGAAGUUUCUAAAGCUAGUUUGGCAACUCCCACCAUAACGCGGCAACCGCACCGGGCGUUGCUAUGUUUGUUUGGGAAAUAGCAAUCCCCACCUCGGGUAGUAGCGAGUUAUUAAAUUUGGCAACGCGAUAGCAACGAGCCGAAUCGUUGCUAUUUGAUGAAAUGUCAAACUGUUGUUUUUUUUUGUGCUCGAUAGUGAAUGUUCGUAAUAAUAUUACGAUGAUGAUGAGUGUUUUGAAUGCGAACUCAAUUGGUCGGCCUCGGAAGACGAAGUUUUUUGCCUCGCUUGUUAUACACGUCGUAGGACGCAAGUGUCGGCGUGAACCACUACUCAAUUUUAUUUCCGAUUGAGCUGAAAUUUUGCACAGGGUGUUUUUUCGGGCAGGUAAACAUUUUGUAUAGGUUUUUUUAUUGAGAUGACCAUUUUGGUUGGCAUUUUGGUCUGCAACCUAAACGAUGCGGAAAGCUCAAAUCCUCACAAGAUUGGCCAAUAUUCUUCAAUAAACCUGGGAGGUUUAAGCAAAUCUGCUCGGGAGUAUUACCAACUAUUUGCCCGUUUCGUUCGGUCGUUGUAUAAAAAACCACUUUUCUCCUUAACCGCUGUUUCAAAAACAACCUAAGAUGCGUUCGAAUGCGGCGUUGGAAAUGGUCAUCGGUAUAGACCGUUGUUAAAACGCUGGAUGGCAGCUUCCUCCGUAUGGCGGUUUUUUUUUGGGUAUUUACUAGGCUGAGAGUCGCCCCGAAUCUUUCCAAAAACCAUUUUCUUAAUCGCGUGUAAGGAAAUUUGUUUUGCGAAAUCACUUUCAUCAUCAAUCAAAUAAUCGAAAACAAUUUACGCGUUCUAUAUUUAAGUUCUUUUUGGCGGCAAAUUUUCAAAUAAUAAUAGCAAACUGUGGGAACCGAGACAGCAUGAAAUACAGAAUACAACUAAUGACAGUUCGCCAGCUUUCAGUAGAAUAGUCAUUUAAGCCAACGUUGCGGGACGUGCCCAGUUUUACGGAAUUUCUUUAAAUAAACAUAUAAGGAUGAAAAAAUUUAUGUACGCACAAGUAAAAAAAUCUGCAAAAGAAUUAUGUUCUCGAUAACUUGGGAGAACGGAAACAAAGUUAUGUGAAAUGGAGGGAACAUUAUAUGAAGUAGCUAGAACGUAGAUCAUUCCGGAAACGAUUGACUGACGGAUAAGUUGGUUAUUACUAGAUCUGCAAAAAAUAAUCGAAAUACAUCACAAACAAACAUUUUGCCAAUGCUGGCUAGUGACGGUCUUCAGAAAUUGGCAUCUGCCGGUGUGAAAAAGAAAUAGUGGAAUUGGUAAUCCCCAUUAGCAACGACCGGUGCGAAAAUCGGUUGCUAUCCAAAAUAGCAACGGCCAGCGUUGUGAAAAUAGCAACUCAAAUGGCAACUCACCGGUGCGCUUGCUCUUAAAUGACAGUUCUCUCAUUCGCGUUGACGGUGUUGCUGAUAUUUGUUUGGUUUUUGCAUGCGAAAAAGAAGGAAGGAAAUAUUUUUGCUUUUGUCAUCACGCACAUUUUGACAAUUACAUAUGAGUGUUCACGUAGGUGCGAACAGCCUUCAAAAUCUCUUUCAACGCGAAUAACCCGAAUAUACCGCACAUGGGCGAAACGUCAUCUAAGACCAUUCGAGCAGUUUUUCUAUUUUUCAUUUAAAAAUCGAAGAAAAACGAUAAACGUUUUUUGAAAAUCACGUUUUGCUCAGGAAACGCGGCUUUUUCAAAUGAUAUAUAAAAACCGGUAUAGCUUUAGGACCCAAUUUCAAACUGUAGCAUCUCUGUUGAUUCGGAAAUGCGCAACACCGAUGUUAAUGAUCGUUCGCACAAAAUGAACGGUUGUGAAUUCUGCAAUAAAAAAUUUAGUGUAAACUACAUCUUGCAAAAUCAUAGAAGAAUUCACACCGGGGAACGACCUUUUGCGUGUGAUAUCUGUGGCAGAACAUUUCGCACAAGCGUACGUUUGAACUAUAAUAAGAUUGCUCAUACAGGCCAACAUUUCGAGUGUGAUAUAUGUAGCCGACGUUUUUUCAAUAGAACAAACUUAGCAACAUACAUGAUUGUUCAUCGUACAGUUUGUUCCUAUAAGUGUCUGAUUUGCAAAAAAAAAUCCCAACUGGUUAUCAUUUCAAACAACAUUUACUCACUCUUCAAAUGCGACAUCUGUGACACAUCAUUCAAGAGAUAUGCACAACUAAAAGAUCAUAUGUGCCGUUGCGGAACAGAGUGGUCUAAAGACCAUUUUUUUUCAAAAAUAAGUUUUUUACUUAAUCCGCAUCAAGAAACUGAAGUUAGGAGACUAGAAAAAUUUCGAAAAUCGAACUUUAAAGCUGAUUUAUACCAUGACCACUCUGUAUAUGCUCAUAUGAAGACCCACAAGGUUAAGUCCUUCCCAGACAACACAGAAGGUUUGGAGUUAAAUCGAAUUGAUGAAUCAGUAAAAUACACCUGCGACAUAUGCGGCAAACAGUACCAACAAUUGGGACCACUUCACUUACAUCGGAAGCUUCAUCAGAGCACCACUGUGAGAUCUGAGACUAAAGCCAACACUAAGACUAACGACAACGCAAAGAAGCACGAGUGUACGAUUUGUGGAAAAGCAAAUCGGGAUCGUACAACACUCAUGAGGCACAUGGUUACUCAUACUGAGGAACGGCCUUUUAGUUGCGACAUUUGCGGUUCAUCAUUUAAGACAGCUAAUAAUGUGAAAGUGCACAAGAAAACGCACUCUUCCGAUAAGCCAUAUGAAUGCAAAAUUUGCGGAAAAAGGUUUCCAUUCCGUUACAGACUCUCGCGGCACUUGUUUUACCAUACUGACGAACGACCUUUUCAAUGCAAUAUUUGCGGUAUAUCAGCGAGGUCAGCAGCUAAUCUCAAAAUUCAUAAACAAAUGCACAAUGUGGCUGGUGAUUCUGAAAAACUACCUCUCUAUUGCAAUAUUUGCGGUUCAUCCUAUGCAACAGCUUAUUAUUUAAGAAAACAUAUGAAGAAGCACACCUCGGAGAGCCCGCCUGAAUGCGUAAUUUGCGGGAAGCGAUUUAAAAUGCCUUGUAUACUGUCGCGGCACAUGCGUAGCCACACUAACGAACGGCCUUAUAAAUGCAAUAUCUGCAGCUUAUUAUGCAAGUCAAAUCAAAAUCUGCAACGUCAUAUAAAAACACACUCGCAAGAAGGUCGUUACAAAUGCGAUAUUUGCGUUGUUACAUGCAGUACAAGAGCUUUGUUAGAGGCGCACGGUGAAACGCAAAUGCACCUUAGGAAGAUACAAGAUAAUCCCUUAAUAGCUUCUAGCUCCAGCAACUUGGAAGAUUGGGAAAAGCGCAAAAUCGGUUUAGUUGUUCAACCACCGAAAAAGUUCAUUUGUGAUUUCUGCAACAAAGAAUUGAGAUCAAAAUCCGCCUUCGAGGAUCAUAGAAGGACGCAUACCGGGGAGCGACCUUUUGCAUGUAAUCUCUGCAGCAGUACAUUCCGCACAGCUAGGGCUUUGCAAAACCAUGAGAAUGCUCAUACAGGGGAUUGUGAUUUCGAGUGUAACAUAUGCAAGCGAAGUUUUCUUCAAAAAAAAAAUUUCACGGCUCACAUGAAUAUACACCGCUCAGAUUGUCCCUAUAAAUGUUCGAUUUGCAAUAGAAUAUGCGCAAGUGAUAAGAAUCUUGUCCAACAUAUGCGUACCCACAGCGAUCAGCGACCUUUUAAAUGCGAUAUCUGUGACGCAUCAUUCAAAACACGUUAUGCUCUAAAACAACAUAUGAAGAUCCACAAGGUCGAGCCGUCUGCAGGCGACACAGAAGAGUUAAAGCCAAAUCGAACCAAUAACAGCCCAAGCGGUGGAUCAGUGAAACACACCUGCGACAUAUGCGGCAAACAGUACGAACGGGUGAGAGCACUUUACGUACAUCGGAAGCUUCAUCAGAGCACCACUAUAAGAUCUGACAUUGAAGCCCACAACGCAAAGAAGUACGAGUGUACGAUUUGUGGAAAAGGAAAUCGGGAUCGUACAACGCUCAGGAGGCACAUGGCUUCUCAUAGUAAGGAACGGCCUUUUAGUUGCGAUAUUUUACGACAGCUCCUGAUGUCGUAGGUCGUAGAAAUGCAAAACUUGCGAGAAAGUGUUUUUAGUUCGUUACUGACUCAGACAGCACUUGAUUUACCAUACUGAUGAACGACCUUUUCAAUGCAAUAUUUGCGGUCUAUCAGCGAGAUCAUCAGAAUCUAAUCUAAGAAUUCAUAAACAAACGCAUAACCGUGAAAGCUUCACAUCCGAUCCAAAUCUAAUGAAGCAUGUCGCUGGUGACUGAAAAACUACAGCUACGAAUUUGAGAAAACAUAAGGAGCCUUCAUAUUUGUAUAACAUUGAUUGUUGAACAAAUAUAUUGGAAGAACUUUAUAGUUCUUUAUACAUCACAAAUAAAGCCGUAAGAGUAAUAAAUGCGCAUUUCCAACGAGUUGAUUCGAGGCAAUACUAAUAAAGACUAUCCUGAAAAAAUGCAUU